AUGCCUUAUGUCUGGGGAGGGCAGGCACGAAGGCCACCACAAACUCGAAAAGAAUGCAGAAAAGAUGAAGGGACCAAAUAUUGCUACGAAGUCCCGCAACACCAGGGAAUCUAUAACAGAGGCAAUCACGGCGUUUAUGAAUGGCCCGGAGUCUUAGGCAUAACAAUAAAAGAUUUCGAGGAACAAAAAAGAGGCUUCAAGGCGGGGUCAAUCCAGCUCAAGGACGGAAGGGAACAACUGCAAUGGGAAGAUAUAGUCGAUCAAGUUCUGGACGUCAGUAUCAGAAAGAGUAAGAACAAGGCAUAUGAUGGAAACGACGAUGAUUAUGUGGGGAAGAUCGAAACGAGGUUCUGGAAGAGUAUCAUCCAACAAGCCAACGGCGGGAGUUGUAACGACGCAGCGGACUGUCAAAGAGUAUUACCGUUGAUUGGUUGCGUAAUAUAUUGGUUAUGGAAGGGGCAAAAGAACCUCCUAAAACCUAACUCCAAGGCCGAGCAAAAAUGUGAAGAGAUAAGAGCCAAAAUGCUGAACGAUAAAAAAACCGUAAAGAUAAUAGGGAAAGACAACUGGUCAAGAUUACAGAGGGUGGAAGGGACCUGUCAAGGAAGGAACUCGUUCCAGAAGUGUACCGUCGAAGCCCUCAGUUUGGUCCUGACAGUGGCGGAUUCCCUGACAGUUCUCUGUCCGCAAUGUCCUACACAAGGGUUAGAUAGAUUCCUGACCGAAAAUAUCGAAUAUACAGAUAAGCCCUGCUUCAGGUAUAGAACAAUAGGGGGAGGGUAUGAGAUUUGUGAAGGCGUUGAUAACUGUCAUGGAGCAGAAAAUAGAGAAGGAAUAGAUUGCUUUUGUGAUCCGAUGACGCAGGGGUUGGAACAGGGAAUGAGUUCAAGGCCAACCCAGAGCCUCUCAGGAAAGGAAUCAGGAAGAGUACAAGAGAGCAUCGCCCCAGAUCCUCAGAGAAGCGACGACAAUGACCGACCAGGGCAGGGACUAAAACCCGGGGAAACAACCCCAGGGUACAACGGCGGAGGCCCACAGGACAGACAUGGAGCCGAUCUCUCACCUCUCGUCACCGACGAGUCUAGCCAGGGUCAGGAACCAAAGAGCAAAGGUGAAGCAGUUAACCAGGAACGGGAGAUGGUAACAGGAGAUGAGGGCAAGGACCAGAUAAACGAAGCUGAGGAACUAAGGCCAGGAAAGGGAGUCAAGGGGGAUCCAUCAGGAACAAAACAACUAUACUCAGGCAACCACAAGCACGAAAAGGUGGAACAGGCCACCAGCGGUUCAUUAUCUGCGAUCCCUGCAGAGGAGGAGAGACAAGAAGGUCCCCUGGUGGGAACUAUAAUGGGAAGUUUAGCAGUCGUUGUAAUGUUUGUACUGAGUGGCUACGGCCUUUAUCGUGUUUAUGGAAAAACUGCGAGUAGGAGAAAUCUACGAACACCAGGAGGCAGGAGGAGGAGGGUAGGAUAUAUGACGAGGAGGGGCCGAACCCUAGCCUCAGAAGGCAUAGGUGAAUCGCUCAGAAGGGCCAGCCACCCCCGUGACAGCGGGAACCUAAGAAACCGACUGAGGAAGGAGCUUUCAGGAACCCCAAUCUGGAGGAGAAACCUCAACGCCGCAAGUUCCAGAGACCAAAUGAGGAGCAUGUGCCGUUCAACCCAGGACAGAUCUUCUAGGGAUGGAGCCUUCGAUAGAGAAACCCCAACCCCCCCCAAAGAACAGAGCAACCCACAUUUCAAAGAUUCAGACACCCUAAGUGGGCGGAACUUCCCGAGUCCCACAUGCCCAGUCUAUCGCCCCUGGGAUUGA